AUGAAUAGAAGGCACCAGAACCACCUACCAUGACCAAGUGCGCUGUAAAUGUAGGACAGAAAUUCGAGUGGAAUACAAACGGAUCACCAAGCGACAUAUUCGAGGGAAAACCAUGUUUGGAUGUGCCUUAUCUGAUUCAAAUAUUUUUAAACAUGGUGCCACAUGCGAUCACAGGAACACGGGAAAACUAUUUUUCCUCCCAAAUAUCUCUUGCAUUUUGAAACGGAAAAGGAGAGUGCCAGUGAAAUACAUCCCUGUGGUAUCGUUUUUUCAUUAUCAAUGGUAGGCAUUGCAUAAUUCGCAGUUAUCUAUCGGAGCCAUUUGGUUGCUCCUCUUUGGGAAGAGGAGGACGCCAGAAAAAACGACUACAUCCACUGGCUGCCUUCUCGGUGGUGCCUGCAAUUGUUUGGCAAUGCCCUUUUCUCUCUUAGGAAGGACUUGCAGACAGUAGCGGGGGAACAAGCAGGGGAAGGAUGCAUUUAACGCUGGAUGUGUGCUGCAUUCAGGGAGAUUCGGCAGUAAUAGCGGCUCUGACAGAAACAGCGAGUGCGGAGGGCCUGGGAAGCACCCAGCCCCACUAUCUCCUCCUUUUCCUCCCCCCCUGCAGGACCAUGCUUGCGUGAGGGAUGAGGCUGUGCACAGGGACACCAGGCCAGAGCUGCGGCCUACUUCUCACAAGAGCCGGUCUCUCGACUGCAAGAUCUGUGAACACAUUGCCACCAUCAAAUCAGCAUCUUUGGGCAUCAGGUAGAUCCAGGAGCAUGAGCAGGACUUUGAGCUGCGGGAGCAGAUGUCUGGGUAUAAGCGCAUGCGGCGACAGCACCAGAAGCAGCUGAUCGCCCUGGAGAACAGGCUAAAGGCCGAGAUGGAUGAGCAUAGGCUCCGGCUGCAGAAGGAAUUAGAAACACAUGCAAACAACACUUACAUUGAGCUGGAAAGACUGGCCAAACGCCAUGCUGCUCAAACAGACAAAGAGAUUAAGUCAGUUGCAUCAGAAGAGAGGAGGAUCCAGCAACAGAUUGUUGCUCAGCAGAAGAAGGAGCUGACUACUUUCUUAGAAAACCAGAAAAAGGAAUACAGACUUUGCAAAGACAAGAUCAAGGAAGAGAUGAAUGAAGACCCUUGUACACCCAAGGAGGAAAAGCAGGAGCGUCUGUCUAGGCACAAAGAAACAAUACAGCGCUCUCAGGCUGAGGAGGAAGCUCAUCUUCUGGCCCAACAGAGGCUUGUCUACGACCGGAGCUGCAGGGCCCUCAAACGCCGGAGUCUCGUCAGGAAGCAUGAGUUUGAACAGGAGCAACUGAGAGAGGAGCUGAACAAAAAGAGAACCCAAAAGGAGAUGGAACAUGCCCUGAUGAUCCGGCAGGACGAGUCCACCCAGGACCUGGAGCGCAGGCAGCUGCAGAUGCUACAAAAGCUGCGCGUGGAACUCAUGCGGCUGCAGCACCAGACGGAGCUCGAAAACCAGGAAGAGUACAACGGCCGGCGGCAGAGAGAACUGCAUAGGAAACACAGUCUGGAGCAGCGGCAGCAGCCCAGAAACCUCAAGACCCUGGAGAUGCAGAUCAAGAAACAAUUCCAGGACACUUGCAAGGUGCAGAACAAGCAGUACAAAGCACUUAGGAACCAUCAGAUGGAGGUGUCUCCGAAAGGUGACCACAAGACCAUCCUGAAGGGCUUGAAAGAGGAGCAGACACGCAAGCUGGCUAUACUGGCCGAGCAGUACGAACAGAGCAUCAACGAGAUGAUGGCUUCACAAGCGAUGCGGUUAGAAGCGGAGCAGGAAACCGAGUGCCAAGCUCUGAAGCAGCAGCUGAAACAAGAGAUGGAGCUGCUGGAUGCCUACCAGAGAAAAACCAAGUCACAGAUGGAGACCCAACAUGAGCGAGAGCAGCAGAAACUUGAGCAGAAGGUCUCCAUACGGAGAGCGCACCUUGAACAGAAGAUUGAAGAGGAACUGGCUGCACUUCAGAAGGAGCGCACUGAAAGGAUCAAGCACUUGUUGGAACGCCAGGACAGAGAAAUUAAUGCUUUUGACACAGAAAGUAGAAGCCUCGGCUUUGGAAGCCUGGGAUCUCUGGACUUCCCCAAAGAAGACAACAGAUGAAAGUGGAUUUAUCUUUAGAGGACAACAUAUCCGUGCCCUUUUCACAUCCACUUGUUCGUUUGUCACGGCCACGGUGACAAAACUGGAUAACUUUCUCUAUUCCUUUUCUUCUCUCUUAGAUAUUGCAUCUUCAAAUCGAGAUGUUACGUGCAAUGAGAGCUUCUUUUGUGAAACUUUAAGGGGGAAAGUAAAACAAAAGAAUCGACGACGACAUGUCAAUAAAAGUCAAACCUAGUCAGUGUAACUCGAAAACCUGUGUGUUCAAAAAUAACAGACUCUUUCCUCCAUGCCAUUUCCUCCUUUUUGGUAUGAAUUGAAUAAAUCAGGAAAUUUUAGUAAAAUGGGCACUUUGAUAUGUUUAAGUAGAAACCCAUCAUGUUCAUAUGAUGCUUAAUGUGUGUGUUACAUGGAGGGACAUUGUGGAAUGUGAGCUGCGGACUCCCCCGUGGUGUUAAGCUGCUUUGUCUAAUUAUUAUUAUUAUUUUUUUAAACUAUGAGUUUGUUCUCUUUGUUUGUUUUAAUCUCUGAAUGUGAAUAUUACUGUAUGGGGUCACUGGAUAGUCAGACUUUGUUCACUUUAUUUUUUAUUUUUUUCAUUCGGUCAUACUUUCAUAUUGUGCUUAUGCAUACAGUAUACUGUGGUCCCUCACUUUUCUAGGCAACAGUCUUUUAUUUGAUAUGUAGAGAAUCAAUUGGCAUUAGCUCGAUCAACCCGUUAAUCACAUCACAACUCAAGAUCCCACUUGGUAAAACUGCUUAUUAUUGCAUGCACUUUAAGGACAAAUUCAGGUUGUGAAGUGAAGCAUGAAUCUGUCAGAGAUUUUAGCUGUUUGUAAAUAAAAGUGGUCAUAGCGUUUAGUUUUUUUUUUUUCUUUUUCUUUUUUCAGUUAUACAGACUAUGGAUACUGGACAUAAGCGCCAUAUUUGAUAUGAUAAUUUCACAAAUGCCUUUAUUUAAGUUGUGCCUGAAGCAGAUUUUAGUUACGUGUUUGUUAUAUCUAUAUUUUACCUACUGACGCCGGCACCAUUUUGUUUUGGGUUCAUCUAAACUUGUGAAUCAUUUAAUGUUCACUUAUCAAAAGUUCUUGUAAAGGAAAAUGGUGAGAAUUGUGCUGUAUAAUUUUUGAUAUGAAUAUUUGUACAUGAGAAUAUAGCUAGAAUAUACAGAGGCACUGGUCUAUUACUGAUAACAGAUCUUAAUGAUAAAGACUUUGCUUUGUGUUUGUUUUUUUCUUGUUUUUUUGUUUUUUGGUUUGUUUGUUUGUUUUAUAAUAGAGAAAUGGUCAUACAAUAGCUCAAUAUAUUGCUAUAUAAGUCAAAUCACUAGACUUUCAGAUUGUAUAAAUGCUGGUGAUUGCUAUUAUAAUAUCAAUGAUCUUUCGCGGGAUCAACGGUUCAACGAAAGCAAACACAACAACACAUAUGUGGGUCUGGAUUGCAUUUGAGUAAUUAGUGUCUAAUGAUAAGAUUUACAUAUUUUUCGCCAUGUUCAUUAUGGUCAUUGAACAGGUUGCACAAUUAUUCCAUUUCUACCGAAUGGAAAGAUAAUUGUUUGGUGCUUAAUUUCUAAUACCACCUUUAGCCUUGUAGUUUUUUGUCUUGGAAAGACGAUUGAUUUUUACAAAAUGUAAAACGAGAAGCAUUUUGAACCCCUCCCCCUCUCUGAGUCAAAACACAACUAAGUUUUUCAAACACUCACGACACAUUUAGAGUGCCCCAUGCAGUGAAAACCCUCUUAAAAAUGAAGUAUAUGUAUGGAAAAAUAAAUAAUAUUUUAUCAUGGGUCGGUUUUUUGAAACGCUGUUUAAUAUGGUGGUCUUGAAUGCAGCCCUGUUAUGUUUCUGACAGGUCAUUUCUUUGCCUUUUUUUCUCGUUUGUUUGUUUCUUUUCAUUUCAGAAACACAUAUUUCCUCACGGGGCUGAAAGGUGGAAGACGUCCCUUGAAUUCACAGUCUAUUUUAAACGGAGGAGUACAAUGACGUUCAGUUUGUGAAGGCAAUAGAACUCAAAACGCUCUUGUUUUACACGUCGACGCCUAAAUUCAGAAUUCGUUUCGACCGAACCGGGUGUGUUCUGAAGUUUGAAUGGCUCCGCCAGAUUUUUCAGCCUUUUACAUUCUCAUGAACUUUCUGAAAUUUGAUGAAAACGUUUCUCAUAUGCAGUACGGCCUUUUGUCUGGGUCACAUAAAACUGAAGCCUUCGCGGACGAGUGGUUCCAUAGCAAAAGUGACGCUGGGGUGCUUGAAUAGGUUUGCCUGAGAGCUUCAAAACAAGUACGAACUUUACAAUUUGUGUAACUUUUACGUUACUAGAAAGAUGUAUUUAGUUAGAAUAAAGGGGACUUUCCUAAAGAACUUUAUUCACCAUUUCCUGUGCAGUUCAAAGACAAAAUAAAAGAAGUUCUGUUGAAAAAAAA